CCUUUUCAUAUUUUUUUUUUAAAAAAAAAAUGGCAUAUUAUUUUUAUUCUCUUUAUUUAUAUUUAAUUUUAAUCUUAGUUGUGUUCUUUGGGGUCGAAUCAUACGCUCCUAUUGGACGUUUGACUCAUUCUUCUGUACUUAUUAAAAAUAACCUUUAUUUUUUUGGCGGACAAUAUAGAAAUGGUUUGGUAUCAAAUGAAGUAUUUUAUCUUAAUUUAUCUCGAUCGUUUGAUGUAGAAAAUCCACCAUGGUUUGAUCUUACUUCAACAGCUUCAAUUCCAUUUGGAAGUCAUUUCGCAACUGUUGCAUCGAAUGAUGUGAAUAAUAAUUUAGAUAUUUAUUUAUUUGGUGGCGUUAUGGUCGAUAUAAUUACACAACAAGACUCAUUUACAUCUUUCGUAUUCAAGUUUAAUGUUAAUUCAUCAAGAUGGAACGCUCCUUCUGUUAAUGGAAUUGUACCAAAAAGAAGGAGGAAAAUAAAUGCUGUUAGUGAUAACUCUGGAAAAAUUUAUAUUUAUGGUGGCGUUGCUGAUGUACUUGUCGGUUCAUCAACACCACAAUUCCUUGAUGAUUUGAUUAUUUUUAAUACUGUUGAUUCAUUAUGGUCAAUUAGUUCUUCAACUAUUAUACGGGCUUCAUAUUCUGCAACAUUAUUACCAAAUGGUAUUAUUGCUUAUAUUGGAGGUCAUGAAAAUCUUGAUCAGAUCGUAGAUAUUUCGAAAAUUGUUCUUUAUGAUAUAAAAUCUUCAACAUGGUCGAUAAAAACUGCAAAAUUUCCGGAUCAAAUAAUUGACAAUCGUUUGUCUCAUACGGCAGUAUUAGCUCCAAAUACUAAGAUUAUUGUUUUUGGGGGUUCUAAAAUUGCGAAUGGCAUUUUUAAUGUCAGAGUAUCUCCAGAUGUAGCCGUUUUAAAUACAGAAACGGAACCAUUUGAGUGGACUAUACCGAAAGUAACUUCGAGUAUUGGCAUAUUUCCAUCACUUAAAGGCCAUACAGCUAAUCUUGUUGGAAAUUAUAUGAUUGUAGCUUUUGGUAAUAUUACUCAACUAAAUACUGAACCAUCGGAAACUAAUACUAAUAUUUAUUUAAUGGAUAUAAGAAAUUUUACUUGGGUUAAUUCAUUUGAAUUUGAAAUUGAACAACAUGCCGAAAAAAAAGAAAAUUCUCAAUCCAAUGAAUCAAAUGAUAAGAAAGUUGUAGUUGCAGCGGUUGUUGGAGUUAUAGUAACAAUCAUAGUUAUGAUUGGUGCAUUUUUAAUUUAUAAGUGGGUACAUAAAAAGCGUAAAAAUCUUCCAAAUCCUCCAAAUCCUGGUGAUCACCUUGGUGCUGAAUGAUAUUGAAGAAAUCUCUUGGAAACUAGAUUUAUUAAAAAAAAAAGGUUACGAAUAAUAAUAUUAUAAUUAAUUUUAAAAAAAUUAUAUAAUGGUCGUGAUGCAAAAUUGCAAAUACUAAAGAAUACCUAAUAAAGAAUUUUUAAAUUAUUCACAAAAUAAAGAAUACAGGCAAUCCCAUUUCUUAUUUAUUAAUGAAAUAAAUUUUUUACUUUACAUUAGGUUAUUAUACGUUUGUUGCGAAAGAUGAUGUAUGUGUUAAAAUAUAAUUAUUUUU